AUGAAUCCGGAAACUCCUUGGGCAACGCUUAUCAGAUCGAUGGAAGAACGAGUAAACAUUUUUCGAGAUUAUGUCCAGCAAAUGAGCGAAUCAGAAAGAUUUACUCGUGAAGACGUGAAACGCGAGAUUUGUCAUCAUUGCUCGUUUUUCACCGAAUGGACGAAUGCUUCCAAGUUCGCCGAUGAGCCGAUUGAUUAUUUUCUGAAUACGAUUUUCAACGAGUGUAAUGAGAUUGUAUCAGUGGAUAAGAGAGCGGAUGUUUGGCUUCAAAUCGAAAAGCAAAGGCUUGAUCAAUCUAAACAACCUGAAUUGCUAUUGAAAGAUUUACUGUUGAGAUGGCGGAAAGGAGAUGAUGGCGAAUUUUGUGAAGAGCUCGAGGUUGAUGACACAAAAUUUAAGGAACUUUAUCGUUACAUUGAGCAAAAGGAUCUAUCUCAAAAGCGAGCUUGGACUGCUCAAGAGAUUUUCAAACAGAGCAAGCAAUCAGCCACUCGAAGAAAGACUUUCUAUGAGAUCUUGCAAGAAUUCGAUCAUGAUGAUCAAUUGAAUGAUUUACUCGACAAUGUUCUCAGUCAAAGCUGGACAGACUUUCUUUGGAAGAUUCUGUUAAUCGAGCUCAAGAAACUCAUCGCAUCCUAUUUGAAGUGCUCAAUGAGUUGUCAA